AAAUGGCGUCCAUCGUCUCCGACGGGAAAAAUGUUGGUGAUGUUUUAGCCCUACAUGAAAUGUUCCGCAUUGUCGGAGAUCAGCUUACACCAGACGACAUUAAAGCUUUAACAUUUAUCUACGGAGGUCUCUACCAUGCGAACGAUUUCUUUCUCCAGGCCAAAGAUGGCUACAGUUUUCUCCUGAGCUUGGAGAGGUUGGGCAGAAUCGACGAAUCGAAUUUCAAGCAUAUUUUAGAACUUUUGCGAAUAUUAACCAGGCAGGAUCUUGUUCAACACUUAACACUCAGGAGGAGAAAGACUGUUGAGCCUGACCCAGUAGAUGAAUACCUGGAGAACAGCACAUCCCGGGUCCCAUCCUCCCGGAAGCGCAUGAGUUGUUCUUCGUGUCUCAGCGUCUCCAGACACACAGACCAGCCUGAGGCAUCAGCUGCCGCAGUCAAGAGGAGGAAGACGAGGAAUAGCAUCAGGAAGUGUGAGAGGGUGGAGCCGCCAUGUGCCUCCCCACAGGAGGUGGAGCAGAGGCCAGCAGAAGAUGAGGAGGAAGAGAUAAAGAAGAAAGUAACCUGUGAUAUCCGGCUGCGCGUCCGAGCAGAAUACUGCCAACAUGAGAAUGCCUUAGAUGGGAAUGUGUUUUCAAAUAAACCUGAGCUUAUCGAGAGACAGUUUGAAAAGUUUGCUCAGGCCAACACGAUACUGAAAUCCAGAGACUUGGGAUCAAUCAUUUGUGACAUUAAGUUCUCUGAACUGACGUACCUGGAUGCGUUCUGGAGGGACUACAUCAACGGCUCCUUGUUGGAGGCACUCAAGGGAGUCUUCAUCACAGAGUCCCUGAAGCAGGCUGUGGGUCAUGAGGCUAUUAAGCUGCUGGUGAACGUGGAUGAGGAUGACUAUGAGGCUGGUCGUCUGAAACUCUUGCAGAACCUGUCAGAAUAGGGAGCACUCUCUAAUACCUCUUAGUGGACUGGUGGUGGACGCCUCACUCUCACCGUGUCAGCUCAUAUUUAAGUCAUUGGGAUGUUUGUUUGAAACUUGUUACCAUGUUUAACUUACUUUCAGGUUGAACUAAGUAAGUUCAGGGUUGAACUAAGUAUGGUUGAGUGUUCAAAUGGGUACGAUUCAGUGUUGAACUGAGAAGUUCAGUCUUGAACUUGGGUAAGAUUAAGUGUUGAACUUAGGUUCAGUGUAGCAGUAAGUAAUGCUUAGAAGGGUCCCAAAGGGCUCUCACUGACAAAUUUGACGUGGGAGUCCUCAUACUUUUUAUUCAGUUCCUGAAAGUUAUGGCAGUUCCAUGUUUAUCAUAAACCUUUAUUCAUGAUCAUUCGAAAUUAUGUAUGGAUUUGAAAAUGUCUUUGUCAUCAUGUUUUUGUUAAAAUGGAAGAAUUUGUUGAUUCUUUGGCCAAAACACUCCAGGGGUAAAGUUGAAGGACCAUCGGGCAGCCAUACAUGUUUAACACUAUUAAUAUUAGCGGGUUUCUUUAACAAGGAUUAUUCAGAGAAACGCUCGGCCUUUGUGCAACUUUGUUAUCCUCUGAUGUUUCAUGUUGGGGAUGAAGAGAUCAGUGGGUAUGUGAUUGUCUUGAUUAUGUUAUAUUGAAACUAUACUUUAUUGUCUUAAUUAAGUUGUUGAGGUAAACAAAACUCAUUAGAAAUAUAUGUUCAUUUGUGAUUAUCCUGUAGCUGGAGACAGGUAAAGAAGUGCUGUGUAUGUGCCAGUCUGUUUUUAGUGGAUGACCCUGUCACCUUGGCCACAGAUUUGUUGUGUAACUGUUUAAUCUGGAUGAAACCAGUCUUUUACUCGGAUUUGAUACCUUUCUGUUUGAAGAUAGGCGGACGCUAUCAUGAGAGGCUGUACAAGUGAUACUCUAAUUGGCCAACAGGUGUUCUUAAUUUUUAUGUAUAAUUCAGACAAACCUACAAUGGUUAUAACAACCUUAUUGACUUUAUGAAGUACAGUUC